UUACUAAUGACAUGGUUACGGGUUCAUUCCCACUGCGUGGCACCUUGAGCAAAUGUCUUCUACUAUUGCCUCGGGCCGACCAAAGCCCUGUGAGUGGACGGAAACUGAAAAAAGCCUGUCGUAUGUAUGUAUGUAUAUAUAUAUAUAUAUAUAUGUGUGUGUGUAUAUGUUUGUCCCCCCACCCCAACAUCGCUUGACAACCGAUGGUGGUGUGUUUACAUCCCUGUAAGUAGUCACUUAACUAAACACAAACAUAUUCAUACAAGAGAGAAACCAUAUCGUUGUGAUAUCUGUGGUAAAUCAUUCUCCUUAAGGGGCAAUUUAACUAAUCACAAACGUAUUCAUACAGGGGAGAAACCAUAUUGUGAUAUCUGUGGUAAAUCAUUCUCACAGAAUAGAAAACGAACUAAACACAAACAUACUCAUACAGGAGAGAAACCAUAUCGUUGUGAUAUCUGUGGUAAAUCAUUCUCCUUAAGGGGCAAUUUAACUAAUCACAAACGUAUUCAUACAGGGGAGAAACCAUAUUGUGAUAUCUGUGAUAAAUCAUUCUCUGUAAAUAGCAGUUUAAUUAGACAUAAACGAAUUCAUACAGGAGAGAAACCAUAUCGUUGCAAUAUUUGUGGUAGAUCAUUCUCUCGUAAUGGAAACCUAACUGAACACAAACGAAUUCAUACAGGAGAGAAGCCAUAUCAUUGUGAUGUUUGUGGUAAAUCAUUUACUGGAAGUAGUCACUUAAGGAUACACCAGCAUAUUCACACAGGGGAGAAACCAUAUUGUGAUAUCUGAUAAAUCAUUCUCUGUAAAUAGCAGUUUAAUUAGACAUAAACGAAUUCAUACAGGAGAGAAACCGUAUCACUGUGAAAUCUGUGGCAAUUCAAAAUCAGCAUCUGAUUGACCACAAACAUGUACAUACAGGAGAAAGACCAUAUUGCUGUCAUAUCUGUGGCAUAACAUUCCUUCGACAUGGUGAAGUAUCGUUGUGACAUCUGUGGCAAAUCUUUCUAUGUAAAGAGCUCUUUGACUAAACACAAACAUAUUCACACAGGAUAGGAAACACAUCACUGUGGUAAAUUGUUUUCAAUAUAUGACUGCUUAACACAAAUAAAAUCAUAGAACGAAGGAGCCAUACCACUGACAUAUCUGUGUAAAUCAUUCUCUCAAAAUGGUCACUUAACUACACACACACUCAUUCAUACAAGAGAGAAGCCAUGUGUGUGCGUUAUCCAUGGGAUAACUUUCUGUAGAACAAGUCAGUUAACUAUGCAUAUUCAUAUUCCUACACAGAGAAACCAUAUGAAUGUGAUAUCUGUGGCCAUUCAUACCUUCAAAGGAUUCACUUAACGAAAUGUGUAGGUAUUCAUUUGCUACAGUAACUGUAUCAAUGUGAAAAUUCAGGUUGUCAAUAAUAGUUUCAGUAAAUGAUGAAUUUCUUUUGUGUGGUAUUUAAUAUAACUUUAUUUGCCUUUUGAUUCUAUUUCAUGGCAUUGUUUACACUGAGCUAAUUGUUUUAGGUUUUGUUUUUUUAUUGUAUAUAUGUCAGCAUGGAGAACUUACUUGACUGCAACCCUCUGUCUUGUAUCUGGCAGUUGUCGUGGAAGCUAGGGAUAGACGAAUGACUGGAGAGAGAAACUUCCAAGCUGUGUACUGUGCUGUUUUCUAUAAGGUGAAAGUCAGUAAUACAUAUAGCAAUGCAUUCAGUAUGCUGGUAGGAGCUCACAAUGGAUCAGUUUUUAACACCUUCUUAUUUGCCUUAGUCGUUGAUGUUAUAGGAAUGGAGUUUAACCCUUUUGUUUUAAACCACCCAAAUCCAGCUGAGAAUUUUUAUGGCAAAUGACACCAAAAUGGCCCUAAAUAGCCUAGCCAUAUUUAAGUGAGAAUUUUGGUGCAAAUCUCAGUACAUUCAUGAAAAAAUGUGAUUUCACUAUGUAAACAAUUAAAUGAAAUUUGUGUUUAUGUGAUCACAUGUAUACUGUAGUCUGAUUUUGUCAUGGACAGGAAGUUGGAACAAAGAACCAACAUGAAAUUUCGCCAAGUUAUGCCUGAUUUUAGGAGACAAGUAAUUAGAUAGAUUUGCAUCUAUACCUAUUAUUGGAUUUUUGUUAGGGUCCCAUUGGGGAGAGUGUGCUAGCAACCCUUUCCCCUUACUGUUUUACAAGGUAAACAACAAUACAAAUAACUACACAGAGGCAGCCAUGGUUGAAACAAGGACAAGAACAACAAACAUUAUUCUUUUCUACUCAAGGCACAAGGCCCAAAAUUUCGGGGAAGGGGGCCAGUCGAUUAGAUUGACUCCAGUAUGCGACUGGUACUUAAUUUAUCGACCCUGAAAGGAUGAAAGGCAAAGUUGACCUCAGCGGAAUUUGAACUCAGAACGUAAAGACAGGCGAAAUACCGCUAAGCAUUUAGCCCAGUGUGCUAACGGUUCUGCCAGCUCGCCGCCUUAAUAAUAAGCAUUAUUAAAAGAGGAAAGAAGCAUGGUCAUUCCUUACCCAAGUGACCUUAUUCUAUCGCCCAUCACUUGUUAUGCACUCAUAAAUUAGUUUGAUAGUUGAACUUUGAUUGG